AUGGCAUCUCCAAUCUUUGUAUUGGAGGCAACUUCCCUCAAUGCCAUUCGAUCCCUCCCCUCAGACAUCUAUCUUGUCCACGCAACAAACUGCAUCGCCGAAUGGGGCGCUGGAAUCGCUGCCGAACUAGCAACAGUAUUCCCUGCUGCUUGUGGACAAUACAAAACCUUCUGCAACACAACCAUACCUGACGCAUCAAGGUGGCCGUCGCGAAGUCUAGCGGGGAAAUGCUACAUCAUUCCGCCUCAAGCUUCAGACGAAGCGAGAGGAGCGCCAAGGAUACAUAUAGUAUGUCUGUUUACUAGCUAUGGGUACGGAAGAGCAAAUCCGAGGACGGGAAAGCCUGGGAAGGACGGUGCGGCAAAGAUUUUGGCGCAGACAAGGGCGGCGUUGAAGGAGAUGAGGGUGCAAUUGGAGGAGCAGGGACAGGAAGCUGAAGGUACGCCGGUGAUAUACUCCCCAAUGUUUAACUCGGGAGCAUUCAAAGUGCCGUGGGAGAGUACGUCGCGACUUAUCGAGGAGGAGUUCGAGGGUUUUGAUGGCCGGUGGUUGGUAAUGGCGCCUCCAUAG